AUGCUACAGAUGUACGCAAAAGAUGUCGCUAAUGAUAACGGAAUUCCAUUUGCUCAGUUUGGAGCCUCUAGUACAUGGAUCAAGUUGUUUUUACGAAGACACAAACUUUCUUUUUGUACACGCCAAGGUCAGACAACAACGGCUGAUGCUGAAGAAGCCGCCGCUAAAUUCCGUGCAGAAGUUCUGCAAAUUAUGAUCGAGAAAGAGUGCACAAUGGUGUAUAACGCUGAUCAAACUGCAAUAUUUUUCGAGUAUCUUCCUAGAAAAACGAUCACCUCUCGCGGAAGCAAGACUGUUUGGGUUAAGAAAGUUCGCGCUACUGCGAUGCUGUUGGGUGACUCGGAGGCAAAACUACGAGCUAAGUAUAAAGAAGAAGCGUUCAAACUCAAAGCCCCGGGACGUCCGAUCAUCACAGAGUCGAUAACGGCGUGCUGGUCCGGACUGAGCACUACUACGAUAUCUAAUGGCUUCAACAAGGUUGGUUUACUUAUGGACACGCGCACAGUAGAAGAAGUUUUGGAGCCUGUGAGUGAUAUCGACGCUACAGUUGAAGAGCUGGUCCAACCAAAGGCCAGCGAAGAUUCAGUAGAAUCCGACGAUGACAUUGAUUGUAUUGGAGAUGACUCAGAUGGCGAGCCUGACUAA